UGCAUUCGAUGCGGCUGAUGUGUAACCUGUGUGUAAAGACGGAUGUACAUUGUCUCGUAGAUUGUUCUUCGAGAGUGAGCUCGCCGACAUUGUUAGCCGCGAUUUGCGGAGAUGUACGUGGGCUGAAGCGUGCUUGCCCACUUCGUGACAGCAGGUGCUGCGUUGGCGACAGAACCGCGCUUGCCUUUUGAUAUUUCUACCGCUGCUGGCGCUGCAGCUACUGCACUCCCACCUCCACGCCAGCAAACCGAAACCACAUCGUGACCUGACGCCUGCCUACCCCACUAGUUUGUCACUGUCCGCCUCCCACGAUCCAAUAUGUCACUCCAAAGCGCGGCGGAUGUGCCGCUUCUCAUCAGUUCACCCAACUCAUCCUCUGAACGCCGCAUAUCGCCGUCGUGGAGCAUUGCCCACCUGAAGAGCCGACUGGAACCGAUUACUGGAGUGCCAGCAAGCAGUCAACAACUGUCUCUUCGAGUUGGCUCCCAAGAUGCUGUACCAAUCAGCGCCGUAGAUGAGGAACAAACGUGCCUGGCGCAGUUCCCUCUGCAGCCCUAUGCUGAGAUAGCUGUUGUCGAUACGCGGCCACCGGCGGCCCGAACAGAUUUCUCGGAUCUAUCCGCUGUCGACAAAUAUGUGAUGCCUGCGGCCGAGUACGAGACUCGGACUGAUAGUGUGCUUGCCUGGAAAAGAGCCCAGAAGCUCGGUCGCUUUGAUCCAGACGCGCCCAGCAUAGAGCAGCAGAAGAUUCUCGCUUCUGAACGUGAAGUAGAGGAGAGAGGUCUUGUUGUGGGCGGCCGCAUCCGCCUGCUCCCUGAGUCUGAUGCACGAAGAGGCACAGUGAGCUACACCGGUCUCGUCCCGGAGAUCCCUGGCAUUGGAGCUUGGGUGGGCGUCACGCUCGACGAACCGACUGGCAAGAACGACGGAAGUGUCAAGGGCAAGCGAUACUUUGAGUGCGGUAGCAACUGCGGCGUGUUUGUCAGGCCGGAGCGCUGCGAGGCGGGAGACUUCCCCGUCUUGGACGAGUUCGAUGAGAAUCUCGAAGAGCUGUGAGUGGCACACCGUGGUCUGAGCGAGGGGUCGAACUCCAAGGGACAGGCAGAGUCAAGGUCGUUUGUGAGAGCCCGCCCGCACUUGAAAGUCGUCUGUCCUCAAACAUCGACUCGAGUCACACAAAGAGCAUAGUCCCUCGCGUUACCGUCUCCCAUACCAACGCACGCGGACUUUGAGACACUAGUGGUGUUACCACAAGCCUGUAGAUUCUAAGGGUGGCCUUC